CUAUGCUCUCACUUUUCCAAGUUUUCGAUGUUUUCCUAUUGAGGUACUGUAACUAAAGAUGGUUUAGUAUGAAGAGUAUGAAGUAUGAAGAUGGUUUAGAAACUCUGCUUUAACCUAUGUUUUGUUAGGUUUAGUCAUAGAGUUGUAUAUAGGACUCUUGUGCCCAAAAGCCAGUUUUAGCAUGGGCAGCGCCAUUGAGGACUUUCACCAUUUUGAAGUAGUCAACUGGGUGAGACCACUGAGAUAUUUAUGAACUGGAGAUCGUUUCCAAGAUGACAGACUGUUGUUUUCAAUGUAAUCCACUCACGGUCGCAUAUGCUGUUUUGUGGUGGCUGCCAUCUGCUAAACAGAGCUGAUAAUGUCUGCACACUCAGUGCGCACUGGAGUAGCAGCGACAUCAUCAUCCAGAAACACAACAAACAUUGAAUGAAUAUAACAUUUUAAUAUCUUCAGCUGUGAGUGAUGGGAAAAAACAAGCAUAGCGCUUGCAACUUCAGGGUUAUGGGUUCGAUUGUGGGUUUGACAAACUGGCAAGUGUUUUCACUGACAGUUUCAAACUCCCCUGACCGAGUCUGUAAUACCUACAUGUUUCAAGCAGACCACAAUAGUCCCUGUGCCCAAGAAAGCGAAGGUAACCUGCCUAAAUGAUUACUGCCCCGUAGCACUCACGUCGGUAGCCAUGAAGUGCUUUGAAAGGCUGGUCAUGGCUCGCAUCAACAGCAUCCUCCCGGAUACCCUAGACCCACUCCAAUUUGCAUACCGUCCCAACAGAUCCACAGAUGACACAAUCUCAAUCGCACUCCACACUGCCCUUUCCCACCUGGACAAAAGGAACACCUAUGUAAGAAUGCUGUUCAUUGACUACAGCUCAGCAUUCAACACCAUAGUGCCCACAAAUCUCAUCACUAAGCUAAGGACCCUGGGACUAAACACCUCCCUCUGCAACUGGAUCCUUGACUUCCUGACGGGCCUCCCCCAAGUUGUAAGGGUAGGCAACAACACAUCUGCCAUGCUGAUUCUUAAUGCUGGGGCACCUCGGGGUGUGUGCUUAGUCCCCUCCUGUAUUCCCUGUUCACCUACGACUGCAUGGCCAAAUACGACUCCAACACCAUCAUUAAGUUUGCUGACAACCCAACAGUUGUAGGCCUGAUCACCGACAAUGACAGGAAAACAACCUGUCCCUCAAUGUGAGCAAGCGAAAGGAGCAAAUCGUGGACUACAGGAAAAGGCAGGCCGAACAGGCCCCCAUUGACAUCGAAGGGGCUGUAGUGAAGCGGGUUGAGAGUUUCAAGUUCCUUGGUGUCCACAUCACCAACAAACUAUCAUGGUCCAAACACACCAAGACAGCCGUGAAGAGGGCACGACAAAACCUUUUCCCCCUAGGAGACUGAAAAGAUUCGGCAUGGGUCCCCAGAUCCUCAAAAAGUUAUACAGCUGUAUCCUGACCGGUUGCAUCACUGCCUGGUAUGGCAAUUGCUCUGCAUCUGACUGUAAGGCGCUACAGAGGAUAGUACGUACGGCCCAGUACCUCACUGGAGCCAAGCUUCCUACCAUCCAGGACCUAUAUACCAGGUGGUGUCAGAGGAAGGCCCAAAAAAUGGUCAGAGACUCCAGUCACCUAUAGACUGUCCUCUCACGGCAAGCGGUACCGGAGUGCCAAGUCUAGGACCAAAAGGAUCCUUAACAGCUUCUACCCCCAAGCCAUAAGACUGCUCAACAAUUAAUCAAAUGGCCACCCGGACUAUUUACAUUCACCCCCCCACCCCCCUUCCCCCUUUGUUUUUACCCAGCUAAACUCGCUGUUUAUUAUCUAUGCAUAUUCACUUUACCCCUACCUACAUGUACAAAAUAACUCGACUAACAUGUAACCCCGCACAUUGAGUCAGUACCAGUACCCUCUGUAUAUAGCCUCAUUAUUGUUAUUUUUAUUGUGUUACUUUUUAUUUGACUAUUUUUACUUUAGUUUAUUUAGUAAAUAUUUUAUUAUCUCUUUCUUGAAUUGCAUUGUUGGUUAAGAGCUUGUAAGUAAGGUCUACACCUGUUGUAUUCAGAGCAUGUGACAAAUAACAUUUAAUUGUAUUUUAUUCCCACGGGGACUAGUACGAAAAAGUAUGAAAAUGAAUGCACUCACUACUGUAAAUCGCUCUGGAUAAGAAUGUCUGCUAAAUUCGUCAAAUGUAAAUGUAAUUCAGAUCAUCAUGGGGGAUCAACCAAUUAAUUAUACUUGUGAGUAAACAUUCCAUAACUGCAGGUGCCAGUAUAUCGCCAGCCUUGGCUUUAUACCUGUUCAAACAACACGUUCCAGGGGGCAGUAUCCACCCUUUCAGUUUGUUUACCAACUCAUAGAAGUAGUGAUGGGCAUUCCGGCUCUUUUCAGUGAGCCGGCUUGUUCUGCUCAGCUCACCAAAAAGUGCUGGCUCUUUUAGCUCCCAAACGGCUCUUUAAAAAAAAACAUGUUUGUAUUUUUCAAGUCAAACAGUUUGCGAUAGUUUGACUAUGAUUGGUGUUAAAAAACAAUUCUAAUUAACUUAUUAAAGGAAGUCAUACUCUACCUUAACCACAAUGUAUUUAAAAAUGCAUUGGUUUGUUAUGAAAAGGAAUGCUAUUAAACAUUUGCAUUUAAUGUAUAACUUUUAAAUGCGCAUAUAAAUCUAAACAUUCAAAACGAAUAGAAUCUGAACAGCAUAAUAGAAUAUUGCACCAUAUCAAAGCAAAAUAAAUAACCAUUUCCAAAACUGCAGCGUCCCACAAAUUGAAAUAAAUGUAAAAAAUAAGGAUGCUAUUACACAUGUGCAUUUAAAGUAUAACUUUUUUAAUGUCAAAUUGCAGCAUCCCACAAAUUGAAAUACAUUUGAAAAAUAAGGAUGCUAUUACACAUGUGCAUUUAAAGUAUACCUUUUUUAAUGUAUAUAAACAAAGUGCAUAUAAAUGUAACAAUUCAAAACGAAUACAAUCUGAACAACACAAUAAUAGAAUGUUGCACCAUAUCAAAGAAAAAUAAAUAACAAUGUGCAAAACUCCAACAUCGCACUUAAAAAAUUAAACGGGUCCCUCUUUUCUCUCUCUUCUUUAUUGCCAUGUUAUAACCAGCAGCACACAGCAAUGCUGACCAUGUUUUUAUUUUAUGAGAGUUGAUUCAGAAAUGCAAGCUGCCUCACUUUCGAGGGGCUGAUGCAGUUUCUUCUCUCAGUAAUUAUUUGUCCCGUUUUCGAGAAGCCCUCUCAGAGGGAACGGAUGUGGCCACUAUGCAGAGUCUUCCUGUCAUGACUUAAGUAAGCCGUGGGUUGACAGAGGCCUUGUUCUUCCACCAGCUCAGAGGAUCUGCAGAUCUUUCAGAAUUAAUGUGUGUGCGCUUAUUUAUUCUUUGGUUCUUUGAAUUAGUUAAUUUUAUUCAUUUAAAUCUUUUGAUUCUUCAUAUCUUAAUUUUUGUAGAUUUUUAUAAAUAGAUUAGGCUCGUCUGAUAUGCGAGCUGGCUCCCAACGUUCACCUACAAGAGCCGGCUCCUUUAAGAGCCGACUAGUUCGCGAACGACCCAUCACUACAUAGAAGUUGUAGAAGAAGACAAUUGACUACUUCAAAAUAGAGAUGGUCUCAAUAGAGCUGCCCGCGCGCUCACAGACACCAUCACGGUAGAGAUACAAUAUUGCAAUCUCUAUACAAAUCUAUUGGUUUAGGAAACCGCAGAGCUUCCUGGGCCCUUAUAAGACCAAUUAUCCAUUCACGCAAUAAUUGAUAGGUGCUACCUGCCGCUACCAUAUCAUCAACCGACAUCGGUUGUUUAAUAAACAUUUGUAGUCUCUUAUAAUUGAUGUAUUUUCACCAUGAAUUGGCCUAAUCAACCUAACCUAGGCUAGAUUAUUAAAAUAUUUGCUUAUAUUUCACUGCAUUUUAUUUUUCCUUGUUUCUUUGUAGACCUACAUAUAUUUGUAUGCUGCUGUUUUUCUCCUAUGGAAUGGAACUACACAUCCCGAUGUGCGCCUGGUUGUGUGACCCCCCCGCCAAUCGAGAGCGUGUGAUUUGGCGCUGAGCGAGAUAGACAAGGCCCAAAGCAGGGUGAUUUUGUUACAGCUAGAGGAAGAGGGAGCAAGCGAAAUUAAAAUACAGAAGGGGCGAGAUUUAUACAUAAUUCCCACCAAGGUUCCGCAAAAUACUAGGCCCCCUUAGGUUCUACAGCCAAUAGACAAGACUUGGGGACCGAGCUGUAAAUUGGCCCUAUUAAAGAAUUGCGUUAGAAACGGGGAGGCCUGCACUCUGUCCGAAUAUUUUUUUAUUUGAUCUCUUUUUGUAAAUUGCUCAAAGAAGCGCAGAUAUCUGGUGUAUGUGUUUAGAAUGGGACACGCUGAAGGUCCAGCCAGAGAAAAGGACAGUUAAGGAUGCAGGAGCACAACAAUGGAUUUCUCCUUCUCUUUCAUGCAAGGGAUCAUGGGAAAUACAAUUCAGCAACCCCCUCAGCUCAUUGACUCAGCCAACAUCCGACAGGAGGGCGCCUACGACACCGGCAGCGAUGCGGGCGAGGACGGAGCCCCCUCCUAUGACGCUGCCCUGGAGGCAGAGUUCUCCUACCCGCCCUCUGCCUCCGAAGAGAUGCCACCGGUCUCCAAUGGUUACCCCCCUGGGCUGGGCCUGUACGAGCCCCAGGCCAAGUUCUCCAUGUACCCCCAGUUCCCCAACGGCUCGGCCAAUGGCUACGGGGCCAUCCGGGGCUAUGGCGAACACUGCCUCAUGCCUGGGGAGGGAACGGUCCUGAGGGCCCCUGUCCUCCAGGAGAGAUCCCCCUCCCCUAUAUCUCCUCCACCUUCACACCACCCCCACCUCCAUCACCCUCACCACCACCAUUCUCAUCACUACCACCCUCAACUUCACCCACACAGCCCUCCACCCCUGCCCUCCCAACACCACCUCAACCCGCCACCUCACCGCAUGUCCCAUGUGCUCCCUCCUCCCCCGUUACUCCUGCCCUCCACCAGCCCUCCCCUGUCCCUGCUGGACAGCACCCCCCCCUCUCACCCUUCUCACACCCCCUCUGCUCCCUCCAUCGGGGUCCUGAAGAAAACCAGCUCUCCAGAGAUCAAGCUAAAGAUCAUAAAGACGUACCAGAACGGGAGGGAGCUGUUUGAGUCUGCGUUGUGUGGAGAUCUGCUGCAGGAGUCCCAGGCCAGCGAGGCCUCCCAGAGCCACCGCAGACACGAGAGGAAGAAGGAGAAGAGGAAAAAGACCGUCAGGGAGCAAGAAGAAGGGCAGGACCAGGAGCAGCUACAAGAGGGCACUGUAGGGCAGGCCAGGGAUAUCCAGACCCAGCUACAGCUCCAGACUCACACCCCGGCCCAGACCCAACCACAGGAGCUGCCUGUGGGGCAGACAGAGAAGCCACAGAAGACCCCCAUCAAAGAAGAGCCCGAGACACCUAAGGCCCAGAAGCAGUACCCUACAGUGAUAACCGGUACAGGCUGCUGUAAGGACCACGAGGUGGGGGACCUGGUGUGGGCCAAGGUGGGCACUUACCCCUGGUGGCCCUGCAUGGUUUCCUGUGACCCCCAGAUGAACGUCCACACACGCAUCAACACCCGGGGUCACAGGGAGUACCAUGUGCAGUUCUUUGGCAGCGUGGCGGAGCGGGCCUGGGUCCAUGAGAAGAGGGUGGUCAUGUACCAGGGAGAGCACCAGUUUGAUGAGCUGCAGGCUGAGACACUACGCAAGACUACCAACACCGCAGAGAGACACAAGCUGAUGAAGCCCUUCCCCCAGAGAGAGCGUGCUCAGUGGGAGGUGGGCGUCGGCCAUGCGGAGGAUGCCUUCCUGAUGACUCAGCAGGAACGUAUCGACAACUACACCUUCAUCUACGUCGACCCCGACCCCAAUGCUCCUCCCCCCAUCAAGAAGACCCCCACCAGGGCGGCCGGUCGCACCCAACGUUCUUCUAUCGUAACAAGUAAGAAAGAAGAAGUAGCAGUGACAUCACCGGACCGGGCGGAGCCGUCCAGAAGACAGCCUCGUAGGCAGUGUAGUGUUCCUAAUGCAGACGACCCAGCCGACCCCCAGACCUCAGAGAAAGACCAGAGCCGGGACCCUGGCCAGCCCAGCCCCCCAGCUCGGGAGGCCCUGUCUAAGGCAGGGGGAACCCAGGAGUCCCCUGCCCCUGUACGGGCCUGGAAGACAGCCGCUGCCAGGAAGUUGCUGCCUCUUUCCAUUACCAUGAAGAAACUAAAUGUGGAGAUCACCAAGUGUGACCAAGUGUGGCCUCUUCUGCAGAGGAAAGCCCUGCCCUCACCACGGCGAGAGAGGGAGAGAGAGGUGGAGAGGGAGGAGGGAGAAGGCCGACAGGCUGACCUGGGAUACUGCUCACCAGAGCAGGGCUGUGGAGUUAAACCAGAACCCAGUCCAGACGAGGAGGAGAAGAGGGAUGAGGGAGAGGAGAAAGAGGAGAGAAGUGACCAGGAAGCAGCACAGCACACCUCCUGUCCUGGGUCUCAGCACAGCACCCCGCCAGGUUCUCAAGAGCGUAAGCAGCAGCGCAGGUCAGUGAGGAGCAGAUCAGAGUCAGAGAAAGGCUGUGAGCCCGUCCCCAAAAAGAAGACCAAAAAGGAACAGGGUGAGAUGGCUCCUGAGACCACUCUGAGAACAGGCUCACAGAAAGGAGCCAGUGAGAUCUCAGAUGCCUGUAAGCCUCUGAAGAAACGCAGCAGAGCCUCCACAGACGUAGAGAUGGCCUCCUCGCAGUACAGAGACACAUCUGACUCUGACUCUAGAGGCCUGAACGACCCGCAGAGUCUGUUUGGGAAGAGUUUGGACAGUCCAGCGGCUGCAGAUGCGGACGAGUCAGACAGCCAGUCAGUGGACUCCAGUCUUUCCAGACAAGGAAGCAGCACAGCCAAGAUAGACACUGUCUGCCAGAUCUGUGAGGUGUAUGGAGAGGGUCUGGUGUCGUGUGAGGGAGACUGCUGUCGGCUGUUCCAUCUGGAGUGCCUGGGUCUCGCCUCCGUACCUGAGGGCAAGUUUACCUGUCUGGAAUGUAGAAACGGCUCUCACUUGUGUUUCAGCUGUAAGGCAGGGGGAGGGGAGGUGUUGCGCUGCUCAGUGGUUGGCUGCGGGAGGUAUUACCAUGACGACUGCGUGUGUAAACUCCCUGGCACCGUGGGGAGUGGUACGGGCGGGGGGUUCCGCUGCCCCCAGCAUACCUGCGCCACGUGCUGUCUGGAGAGAGACCUGCACCAAGCCACCCAAGGGCGUAUGAUGCGUUGUCUGCGCUGCCCUGUUGCGUACCAUACAGGGGACAGCUGCGUGGCAGCGGGUAGCAUGGUCCUCACCCACCACAUCAUGAUCUGCAGCAGCCAUGGCAUUGCCAAGAGGAACGGCCUCCUCUCCUCACCCGUCAAUGUGAACUGGUGUUUCCUCUGUGCCCGAGGACUGUUAGUGCAGGACCUUACUGACACCAUAUUAAGUUCAUAUGCCUAUAAGUCCCACUACCUUCUGACUGAGUCAAAUCGUGCUGAGUUGAAAUUACCUAUGAUUCCCUCUUCUUCGUCAGCUACCAAAAAGAAUAUUGGGAAAGGAGAGAAGCUGCUGUGCUGUGCGUUGUGCCCGGCGUCGUUCCACCCAGAGUGUUUGAAGAUGGAGAUGCCAGAGGGGGCGUGGUCCUGCAGGGAGUGCAGAUCAGGAAGGAAACCCCACUACAAACAGAUCGUCUGGGUCAAACUGGGAAACUACCGGUGGUGGCCAGCGGAGAUCUGUAACCCUCGCCUGGUGCCCCCCAACAUCCAGACGCUCCGCCACGACAUCGGAGCCUUCCCAGUCUUCUUCUUUGGUUCCCAUGACUACUACUGGAUCAACCAGGGCCGUGUGUUUCCCUACGUGGAGAACGACAAGACCCCUGUCACGGGCCAAAUCAACAUCAACAAGACGUUCAAGAAAGCUCUGGAGGAGGCUGCUCGUAGGUUCCAGGAGCUCAAGGCACAGAGGGAGAGCAGGGAGGCCCUAGAGCAGGAACGCAACUCACGCAAACCACCGCCUUACAAGUUCAUCAAGUCCAACAAGCCGGUGGGGAAGGUGCAGGUGCACAUAGCCGACCUGUCUGAAAUCCCACGAUGCAACUGUAAGCCCACGGACGAACACCCCUGCAGCCUGGACUCCCAGUGUCUCAACCGCAUGCUGCAGUACGAGUGUCACCCGCAGGUGUGUCCGACAGGUGAUAGCUGUGAGAACCAAUGCUUCUCUAAACGUCUGUACUCCGAGACAGAGGUCAUCAAAACAGAAGGUUGUGGCUGGGGCCUCAAGACCAACCAGGCCCUCAGGAAGGGAGAUUUUGUGACAGAGUACGUGGGAGAGGUGAUAGAUUCAGAAGAGUGCCAGCAGCGAAUCAAACACGCUCAUGAGAACCGUGUGACUGACUUCUACAUGCUCACCCUCACCAAGGACCGGGUGAUAGACGCGGGGCCCAAAGGGAACUCCUCUCGCUUCAUUAACCACAGUUGCAGCCCCAACUGUGAGACGCAGAAAUGGACCGUCAAUGGAGAUGUACGGAUAGGGCUCUUCACCUUGUGUGACAUAGAGGCUGGCACUGAGUUGACGUUUAACUAUAACCUGGACUUGGUGGGGAAUAGAAGGUCGUCGUGUCACUGUGGAGCUGAGAACUGCUCUGGCUUCCUGGGGGUGCGGCCUACGAGUGCAGUGGUGAUGGAGAAGGAGGAGAAGGCGAGGAACGCUAAGCUGAAGCCCAAGAAGCGUAAGCUGCGACCGGAAGGGAGACGCACACAUGAGUACUUCUGUUUCUGCUGCGGAGAGGGAGGGGAGCUGGUCAUAUGUGACAAGAAGGACUGUCCUAAAGCUUAUCACCUGCUGUGUCUCAACCUCACCAAACCCCCAUAUGGUCGUUGGGAGUGCCCAUGGCAUGAUUGCAGUGUGUGUGGUGUCCCAGCCUCAUCCCUCUGUGACUUCUGCCCUCGCUCCUUCUGCCGGCAACAUGAGGGGGGAGUUCUCACCCCCUCUACCCUGGAGGGUCGCCCCUGCUGCUCCAAUCACAACCCCCUCAGCCCCCUGGGCUCCAACGCCAACCUCCCACAUUCUCACACACACCACCCUGGUACGGUUAGUAUCAAAGAAGAGCCAGAGGACCCCGAGGAGGAGCCCAGCCAGCAGAACCGAGAGUAAAGCUGUCUCAAAUCACACCCUUUUCCCUAAAAUAGUGCACUAGAAAUGGAGCACUAUACCUAUGGGGAAUAGGGUGUGAUUAGAGAUUUGCCAUAAAGUGAAAGAGACCAGAACUGCAGCCAACAGUUACACCUGAUAUUCCCAUGGGCUGGACAGAAUGACUGACAGACCGAAGGACUGACAGGCGCAGACUUGGUGUGAGUAGUCAGUGGUUCUAUGUCAGAGAGCGGAGCAGAGCUCCUCUAUCUAAGGAUAUUGGGAGUGGAGGAGAGGGCAAGGGGAGAUGGAGAGGUGUGCCGCACAUCACCCCAAAUAAUCAGUGUUUGUUUCACCACUUCAGUGUGAUUCUGUCAUUUCCACAAGUAUGGAUUCUCAGUGUUAUGUCAUUGGUUACCGGCACUUUGAAGAACUUCGUGAGGGGGAUGGAGAGGGGGUUUAAACCUUUUUCCAACAUGCUGCUUUUCUCUUUGUUUACUUCCUGUGUACUGGGGUUGCUAGUGGCCCGUUGCCAGGGGCUGCUUCACAUUCCCAGAAGGCUUUGCUGUGUGUUGGUGAGCCAGCAGAGUCAGGCCCAACACUCCUACCACCCUCAUCACUCCAGACAUGAUCCCUAUCUGGCUCUCCUUUCACAACGAGAAGAAAAUAGAUUUGUGCAAUUUUCAGGAUCACACUAUAUUCCGACAUUCCUUAUACCUGUUUUUGAUACACUUAUGAAUAUAUAUAUAGUACCAGUCAAAGUUUGGAAACACCUAUUCAUGUAGUAAGUAAUAAAGUUGAAACAUAUCAAAAUAUAUUUUAUAUUUUCUUCUUCAAAGUAGCCACCCUUUGCCUUGAUGACAACUUUGCACACUCUUGGCAUUCUCUCAACCAGCUUGAUGAGGAAUGCUUUUCCAACAGUCUUGAAGUAGUUCCCACAUAUGCUGAGCAAUUGUUGGCUGCUUUUCUUUCACUAUGCGGCCCAACUAAUCCGAAACCAUCUCAAUUGGGUUGAGGUUGGGUGAUUGUGGAGGCCAGGUCAUCUGAUGCAGCACUCCACCACUCUCCUUAUUACACAGCCUGGAGAUGUGUUGGGUGAUUGUCCUGUUGAAAAACAAAUAGUCCCAAUAAGCGCAAACCAGAUGGGAUUGCGUAUAUCGCUGCAGAAGCACCAUCACACCACCUCCUCCAUGCUUCACGGUGGUAACCACACAUGCGGAGAUAAUCCCUCUACCUACUUUGCGUCUCACGAAGACGCACCGGUUGGAACCAAAAAUCUCAAAUUUGGACUCAUUAGACCAAAGGACAGAUUUCCACCGGUCUAAUGUCCAUUGCUCAUGUUUUUUGACCCAAGCAAACCUCUUCUUCUUAUUGAUGUCCUUUAGUAGUGAUUUCUUUGCAGCAAUUUUACCAUGAAUUCUUGAUUCACACAGUCUUCUCUGAACAGUUGAUGUUGAGAUGUGCCUGUUACUUGAACUCUGUGAAGCAUUUAUUUGGGCUGCAAUCUCUGAGGCUGGUAACUCUGGGUCUUCCUUUCCUGUGGCGGUCCUCAUGAGAGCCAGUUUCAUCGCUUGAGAGUUUUUGCGACUGCACUUGAAGAAACGUUCAAAGUUCUUGACAGUUUCCGUAUUGACUGACCUUCAUGUCUUAAAGUAAUGAUGGACUGUCGUUUCUCUUUGCUUAUUUGAGUUGUUCUUGACAUAAUAUGGACUUGGUCUUUCACGGGAUGGGCUAUCUUCUGUAUACUACCCCGACCUUGUCACAACACAGCUGAUUGUCUCAAACACAUUAAGAAGGGAAAAAAUCCCACAAAUGAACUUUUAACUAGGGAUACCUGUUCAUUGAAAUGCAUUCCAGGUGACUGCCUCAUGAAGCUGGUUGAGAGAAUGCCAAGGAUGUGCAAAGCUGUCAUCGAGGCAAAGGGUGGCUACUUUUUUGAAUCUUAAAUAUAAAAUAUAUUUUGAUUUGUUUAACACUUUUUGGGAUACUACAUGAAUCCAUAUGUGUUGUUAGUUUGAUGUCUUCACUAUUAUUCUACAAUGUAGAAAAUAGUACAAAUAAAGAAAAAACAUUGAUUGAGUAGGUGUGUCCAAACAUUUGACUGGUACUGGUGCCUUCAGAAAGUAUUCACACCCCUUGAAUUAUUCCACAUUUUGUUGUUACUGCCUGAAUUCAACAUUGAUUUUUUUUCUCUCACCUUACACACAAUAAUCCAUAAUGACAAAGGGUAAACAUGUUUUAGAAAUUUCUGCACCUUGAUUGAAAAUGAAUCUAAUUAACAUAAUUAUUCACACCCCUGAGUCAAUACAUGUUAGAAUCACCUUUGGCUGCGAUUACAGCUGUGAGUCUUUCUGUGUAAGUCUCUGAGAGCUUUGCACACCUAGAUUGUUCAGUUUUUUCCCAUUUAUUAUUUUCUGAAUUCUUCAAGCUCUGUCAAAUUUGGUUGAUCAUUGCUAAACAACCAUUUUCAUGUCUUCAAUAGAUUUUCAAGCAGAUUUUAAGUAAAAACUGUGACUCGGCCACUCAGGAACAUUCACUGUCUUGGUUAGGAACUGCAGUGUAGAUUUGGCCUUGUUUUUUAAGUUAUUGUCCUGCUCAAAGGUGAAUUAAUCUCCCAGUGUCUGGUGGAAAGCAGACUGAACCAGUUUUACUCUGGGAUUGUGCCUGUGCUUACCUCCAUUCCGAUAAUUUUUUAUUCUGAAAAACUCACCGGACCUUAAUGAUGACAAGCAUACCCAUUACAUGAUACAGCCACCACUAUGCUUGAAAAUAUUGAGUAGUACUCCGUAAUGUGUUGUGUUGGAUUUGCCCCAAACACAACUUUUUAUUCAGGACAAAAAUAUAUAUUGAUUUGCCACAAUUUUUGUUGUUUUACUUUAGUGCCUUAUUGUAAACAUGAUUUUUAUUCUGUACAGGCUUACUUCUUUUCACUCUGUCAAUUAUGUUAGUAUUGUGGAGUAACUACAAUGUUGUUGAUCCAUCCUCAGUUCUCUCCUAUUACAGCCAUUUAACUCUGUAACUGUUUUAAAGUCAUCUCGGAGCGGUCCGGACGCCUGUAUCUUUGUAGUGACUGGGUGUAUUGAUACAUCAUCCAAAGAGUAGUUAAUAACUUCACCAUGCUCAAAUGUUUACCCAUCUACCAAUAGGUAUGCGAGGCAUUGGAAAACCGCCCUGGUCUUUGUGGUUGAAUCUGUGUUUGAAAUUCACAGCUCAACUGUUGGACCUUACAGCUUAUGUGUGGGUUACAGAGAUGAGGUUAACACUAUUAUUGCACACAGAGUGAGUCCAUGCAACUUAUCGUGACUUGUUAAGCAAAUGUUUACUCCUUAACUUAUCUAGGCUUGCCAUAAGAAAGGUUUUGAAUACUUAUUGACUCAUGGCAUUUCAGCUUUUCAUUUGAAUUCAUUAGUAAAAUGUUUGAAAACAUGAUUCCACUUUGACAUUAUGUGGUAUUGUGUGUAGGCCAGUGACAAAAAAAUCUACAUUUUAUCCAUUUCAAAAUCAGGAUGUAACAUAACAAAAUGUGGAAAAAGUCAACGGGUGUGAAAACUUUCUGAAGGCAGUUUGUGUGUGUGUAUAUAUAUAUAUAUAUAAAUAUAUUUUAUUUUUAUUGUAUAUAUAUUAUAUACAUAUAUAUAUAUAUAUGCUGAACAAAAAUAUGAACGCAACAGUUUCAAAGAUUUUUCUAAGUUACAGUUCAUAUAAGGAAUAAAUUCAUUAGGCCCUAAUCCAUGGAUUUCACUGGGAAUACAGAUAUGCAUCUGUUGUUCAAUAGAUACAAAAUUAAGAUCGGGGCGUGGAUCAGAAAAACCAGUCAGUAUCUGGUGUGACCUCAUUUGCCUCAUGCAACGCGACAUCUUCUUCGCAUAGUUGAUCAGGUUGUUGAUUGGCUGUGAUCAUGUUGUUCAGUGGCUGUGCUAAGUUGCUGGAUAUUGGCCGGAACUGGAACAUGCUAUCGUACACGUCGAUCCAGAGCCUCCCAAACAUGCUCAAUGGGUGACAUGUCUGGUGAGUAUGCAGACCAUUGAAGAACUGGGACAUUUUCAGCUUCCAGAAAUUGUGUACAGAUUCUUGUGACAUGAGGCCAUGCAUUAUCGCGCUGAAACAUGAGGUGAUGACAGCGGAUGAAUGACACGCCAAUGGGCCUCCAGGAUUUCGGCACCGUAUCUCUGCAUUCACAUUGCUAUUGAUUUAAAAUGCAAUUGUGUUUGUUGUCCGUAGUUUAUGCCUGCUCAUACCAUAACCCCACCGCCACCAUAGGGCGCUCUGUUCACAACGUUGACAUCAGCAAACCACUCUCCCACACCACGCUGUCUGCCAUCUGCCUGGUACAGUUGAAACUGGGAUUCAUCCGUUUCGAGCACACUUCUCCAGCGUGCCAGUGGCCAUCGAAUGUGAGCAUUUGCCCACUGAAGUCGGUUACGACACCAAACUGCAGUCAGGUCAAGACCCUGGUGAGGAUGACGACAACGCAGAUGAGCCCCCUUGAGACGGUUUUUGACAGUUUGUGCAGAAAUGUUUUGGUUGUGCAAACCCACAGUUUCACCAGCUGGUCCCAGAUGAAUCCGCAGGUGAAGAAGCCAGAUGUGGAGGUCCUGGGCUGGCGUGGUUACACAUGGUUUGUGGUUAUGAGGACGGUUGGACGUACUGCCAAAUUCUCCAAAACGAAGUUGGAGGUGGCUUAUGGUAGAGGAAUGAACAUUAAAUGAUCUGGCAACAGCUUUGUUGGACAUUUCUGCAGUCAGCAUGCCGAUUGCACACUCCCUCAACUUGAGACAUCUGUGGCAUUGUUGUGACAAAACUGCACAUUUUAGUGGCCUUUUAUUGUCCCCAGCACAAGGUUUACCUGUGUAAUGAUCAUGCUGUUUAAUCAGCUUCUUGAUAUGCCACCCCUGUCAUGUGGAUGGAUUAUCUUGGCAAAGAUUACAUUUGUAUUUUUGUUCAGUGUGUGUAUGUAAUAAAUACAUAUAUAUAUAUAUAUAUAUAUAUAUAUAUAUACACACACACACAUUCACUAAGUGGUCCGUUUAUUAGGUACACCAGCCCGUUCGCAAAAAUGGUUCACUCCUACAGACAGUGAGUCACGUAACCAUGGUUUUCUAUAUAAAGCAGGCAGAUAGGCAUUGAGACAUUCAGUUACUGUUUGAUUAAAUGUUAAAUGGGAAAAACGAGUGACCUAAGUGACUUUGAGUGUGGUAUGAUUGUCGGUACCAGGCAAGCCCGGUGCUAGUAUCUCAGAAACGGCCGGCCUGGGCUUUUCACGCAUGAGUGUCUAGGGUUUACCGAGAAUGGUCCGACAAACAAAAAGCAUCCAGUCAGCGGUAGUUCUCAGGACGAUAAAACAGCUCGUAGAUGAGAAGUCGCAGGAAAAUAGCAAGAAUCGUGCAAGCUAACAGGCGGGCCUCAAACAGGGAAAGAAUGCAGUACAACAGUGGUGUGCAGAACGGCAUCUCGGAACACACAAGUCGUUAAUCCGGGUGGGCUAUUGUAGCAGACGACCACACCGGGUUCCAAUCCUAUCAACUAACAAGAAUAAGUGGCUCCAGUGGGCACACAAUCACCAACACUGGACAAUUUGAGGAGUGGAAAAACAUUGCCUGGUCCGAAGUGUCCGGGUUACUGUUGCAUCAUGCUGAGUCAAGAUUUUGCAUAAGCAGCAUGAGUCCAUGGCUCCAUCCAGCCUGGUGUCAACGGUACAGGCUGGCGGUGUAAUGGUGUGGGGAAUGUUUUCCUGGAACGUGUUAGGUCCUUUGAUACUAAUUGAGCAACGUUUCCAUGCCUCAAAAGAAUUCAGGCUGUUCUGGAGGCAAAGGGUGGUCCGAUACGCUAGAUGGGUGUACCUAAUAAACUGGGUCCAAUAUGCUAGAUGGGUGUACCUAAUAAACUGGGGGUCCAAUAUGCUAGAUGGGUGUACCUAAUAAAUUAGCCACUGUGUGUGUGUAUAUACAUACUCAGUGGCCAGUUUAUAUAUAUUUGUUAAUGUUUACAAACAGAUUCUCACUUCAUCUCGGUGAAUGGUGUAUUGUUUGUUUAGGUGUUUAGAAUUGCGCAGAUCUCCUUGUGAACAUAGUCCUUCUAAUAAGGUGAAUUAUAAGGGCAUAUAGUGUAAUGUAUGACAUCACAUCAUUACAUUUAAGUUCCAUUUGUCAGUUCCCCAGUCUCGCUCUCCAUUGUGGACAUAAUUGGUUCAUAUUGUAAACCACAAGUGUUUAAGAGGAGGAGAGGGGAGGCAUUCUCACUCUUCUAUGACUGUCCCCCUUCACUGAAACAGACAGGAAUGCAUUUUUGGAGAGGAAGUUACAUUUCAUUCAAAUUGAGAGGUUGAGCAGCAUACUUUCUGGUGAUUAUUUCCUCCUAGGAUUUAGUGUUACACUUCAUUAGAUUAGUGAAGUGUUAUAUUAUACAAAUAUGGUCAAAGUCUGUUUGUACACGGUAAUGCAGCCAGCCUUGUGGGACUAAUUUCCAACAUACUGACCUGAGAGAGAGGUGGCUGUUCAUUGGCUCUGUGUGCAGUAAUUUAAGUGAUGCUGUGUGUACUGUACUGUACAUGCAAAUGUUAUGUUUUAAAUUGUUCUGCUAAACCUUUUUAAAGCACUUUCACAGUUUAUUGCUACAUACUUUUGGUAGGUCAUAACACACAUGUAUGUAAUACAUGACAUUGUACAUGCUUGAAAUGGAUACCUCUUUUCUGUAGUAACGUAGGAAUUAUCAACUGUUUUGUAACUUUUGGUAUAGGUCCAACGACAUGAUAAAAUAUCUUUGGGUCUGAAAACGUUCUCUCAUACAAGUUACUGCAGAUCACAUUUUCUGUUUUUUUUUUUAUCAUAGUAGAACGACUAACGCCCUCAUCUUAAUUCAAGGUAUUUAGUACAUUCUGUAUUUUGACCUGGUGGGUAUUUAUUUUCACCUUUUUGUAUGACUCUGUACAUCUCCACAAAUGGGUUUUGUAUCAACACUAGGUUGUAGAGUACUUCGGUAUCAGAUAAGUAAAGAAAAUGUACAGUGUUUUUAAUCUCGUCCUCCUAUGACAGAUUUUUGAAAUUAUAUCACACCCUUUAUACUAGUUGAUUGAUGUAUCAAAAACACCUAUUGGAAAACCGCACCCACCCAAAGUAUUAAGUAACAAGACUAUAAAACAAUAGGGAGCUUUAAAAUGGAUGAUUCUGUAUGUAGUUGUCGUUUACGUUUCAUAUAUUUUCUAUUCGUGUAAUGGUACCGCUGUUUGGUAACAGCUGCUCCUCAUAGGCCAAGCUCUCUGUAUUGUGACUCACUGUACUCCUGUUAACGCAGUUGAAAGCAAUUGAACAUUGUGAUGUGAAGUAAACGAGCACUUAAUUCAGCCUAAACUCACAUGAUCAUGUUGAACCUAGAACAGUAGUCUGCUACUCUUGUCUGAGCCCGUGCUUUCUCUUCUCUGGAACAUUACUGGUUUAUGUGUCCAUGCCUUUUAAAAACCAUAGCUCACAGAAAAAUACACGUUUGUCAAAUGUUGCCAUAGCUGUUGUCGUCUUGUGUCAAACUGUGUCCACGUUCAUGUCUCAACGAAAUAGAAUUAGAUUGUGCCAAUGUCUUACUUUCAUUUGGGAUUGAAGCCUGUUGAUUUCUCCUAAUGCAUAUAGCAGGGUAAACACAAUUGAAUGGAAUAUAGACUCGGUGGCUCUCAAACCUGCCAAAUGAUAGUAUUUUCUUUCGAUAGGUGUUAGAUUUAGAUCAUUUCAGUACUAGGCUGUGGUCCAUGCAGCACACGAUCAUAUAGGUGCAUCAAGGCACUGUCAUAUUUUUAACAACUUUUAAAACUUGAAUUAUAUUUUGUUCUUUAAUUUCAUUAUUUUUGUAUUGUUUGGUACUACAGAUCAAUAUGUUCACAAACAUGAGUAUUUUAUUGAUAACUGAUUUGACAUGGUAGAUAUCUAUGAUGGAUAUUAGGCCUAUUCAUUCUGAGCCACAUCUCAGGUCCUCUGGCUGUCUUGUCAUGGUUUGUAAGGAGUACCUAGUCUUUAAGCCUUCUCUAACCUUCAAUUAGUGACCAUUGUAAACUGGACCAUUGUAUGCUUACCCCAACACAAAAGCAAUUUGUGCAGAACUAUAUCAUUUUCACCCAAGACUGGAUGCACCCCUUCCAUUCUGAAAGGAAGGCAAAUCAGAAUCCGUUUUACCAGUUGGGGACAUAUUUUGUAUCCGUUUGUAAUGCUCAUUUGUUGUUAUGUUAAAAAAACAAAAACACGUGGAUUCUCUUAGGUCAUUGUGUUCUGAUUUGAUCCUCUAUUGGUAUUGCACAAAGAUUAUCCAGGCCAACCCAAUAGCCUUCUUUUUUUUUUUUUUGCACCUGUUUUGAAACUUACUCACUUUAUGCUAGUUGGACUUGAACACAACAUUCAGCCUGUACAAUGACCAUAUAGUUGUCAUUCUGUUUGCCACAGACAUUAUAGAUUUGAACCAUGUUUUUACAUGAUCCUCGCUGAAGAGGAUGUCAAACAGUAGGGUUACGAAGACUGAGUUAUCAAAGUAUUAUCUUCCAACACAGACUUUGGAAGGGGCCCUUUCUGAAUCAUAUGUUUCUGUUCCACACCUUCCAGUUAUUUUUUAUUUUGUGCAAUACUAUUUGUUAAUUCUGUCAUUACAGGUGAUUGACAUGCUCUCCCAAGACAUUAGGAAAAAGUGUUUUCAGAGGAACUAAUUUCUCCAGUCAUAUAGUGAAACUGCUUUGGGGAUUACGCCGGGGUCGUAUCUAUCAAUGUUGCUUCGAUUAAAAAGUGGAUGAACACAGAGUUACCAUAUUGUUUUACUGUUCAGAAGUCAUUAUUGCAUAAUGUUAAGUCUUGUACAUAAAUUACAUUUAACUUGCAUAGGAUAAUGUUACUGUGGUGUGCUAUUGCCUGUAAAAUUCUGCUUCUAAAUGUGUGUGUGACUGUGAGGAUGCCGCUCUUUUGUACAUGACUGUCUUUUUAUUUUUUUCAUUCUAAAGGAGGUUGAGUUGGAGCUGAGGAGUUCAGACAUACCUGAAGUUUGACUUAAAUAAAGCUGUACUGUGUCUCA